GACUGACAACUGGGAAAUGAACAAACAGGGUAUAUAUGCAAAACAAGAACCAAUCACAGAACAGAAAGAAUGAAUAACUAUAACAACAUAUAAGAGGUAUGGGGUAAGUCGAUGAGUGUCCAAACAAGGAGCGGAGCACAUCCUCAACACAGGGAGAUACAGGGCAAACAGAAACACAAGUUUAACACAGGUUACACAGGGACACAACACGUUACAGUGCAAGAGCGCUGUUUCUGUGUUAUUAGUUAGGUGUCUGUUAAAGAGAUUCUUCAUGUCAAUUAUUUUUCAAAUGAUCUGUAGAUUUUUAUGAUAAUUUAUUCAAUCGAGCUGAAUUAUCAGAAAUCUUGUGAUCAUCAGAGAUGGCAAAGUCUGCAGGUACCAAGGAUUCUAAUGAACUGGCACAUCUUUUGAAAACAUAUGUAGAGAAAUUAGAGAAGCUGUGUCAUCUUUGCAACAUCAUCCCAAUAUGUGGCUUUCCCAAAAGAAAUAAAGCAAUGAAAAGAAUGGCAGAAUCACUGCUUAAAGUCCAUCAUGAGAAAAGGGGUUCCUAUAGUGUCUCAACAAUACACAAAAUCAUAAAAUCAGGAACAACACUGAUUGAAGACACAAUUGAGAUUUUGGAAGAUGAUUUCGAUCCGGUUCAACCGUGUUCCAUGAGUGGGCCUGAACCGGUCAUAAAUAUUCAUGUUUUCCAGAGCCAAGAAUUGACCGAGCACUAUGAAGAACUUGUAUCAGUUUUCCCAGGAGAAUCAGAAAAAGAUUACAUUUUGAAAAUACUUAAAGAAAUCAUCGAUAAAGAUACCAAGGAUUCUAAUGAACUGGCUCGUCUUUUGAAAACAUAUGUGGAGAAAUUAAAGGAGCUGUGUCAUCUUUGCAACAUCUACCCAAAAAGUGGCUUUCCCAAAAGAAAUAAAGCAAUGAAAAGAAUGGCAGAAUCACUGCUUAAAGUCCAUCAUGAGAAAAGUGGUUCCUAUAGUGUCUCAACAAUACACAAAAUCAUAACAGCAUUGAUUGAAAACACAAUCAAGAUGUUGGAAGAGGAUCUAGUUCCGGUUCAACCGUGUGCCAUGAGUGUUUCAGAAUUGACCAAGCACUACAAAGAACUUGUAUCAGUUUUCCCAGGAAAAUCAAAAAAAGAUAAUUACAUUUUAAACCUACUUAAAGAAAUCAUCGAUAAAGCUUCAAAUACUCAAUGUGUUGAAUUCCCCUUCGAUUGUAAGAGCUGUUCUAAGUUUAAGGAUUCAUCUAAAUGGGAACUGUUUGAACCCUCAGAGAUCUCAGAUGAAGCACAGAUGAUGUACCGAAUGAAUUUGGAAUCAGGCUGUUAUGAGUGCAUGAGAACCGGUCUUCGUGUUGAAUGUUUUGGUGAUGUUCAGCUGAAGUAUCAAACAUGUGACUGGGAUCGUGUUCUUCAUGAUCCAGUAAUGAAGGAUUAUUCACCCUGUGGUCCAUUGAUGAAUGUUAAAGUCAUCUCAGGAGAAAUGAAGGCAGUCUAUCUACCUCACUUUCUGUGUUUAGGUGGAUCUAUUGAUGAGGAUAAAGUGAAAGUUCUUCAUGUUAAAGACAGUGGAGUUUCACUGGAGAAAUGUGAAUUAACUCGAUUUCAUGCCAAGCUUCUGGAUAACAACUUUUCUCUAAAAGGUCUUCUGGUGCGGAUGGGCUUUCCUGUGAAUAUUCACUGUCAAACACUGAUCUAUCAGACUAGAAAAACUCAUCUGACACUUCAUGUCUACCUGAUUCCAAAUGAAAAUACAUUGAAAAAGGCUGUUAAUAAAAAAGAGGGUACAAAUAUGUUAAUCGAUAAGCCCAGGCCUGUACACCCACUUCGGAUGAACACCUUGUUUACACAUUCACCACUGAAGAAAUCUGCGCUUCAUCCUGAAAUCACACCUGAGAGUUUACAGCUCACAUACAGUAAGAAUUUCUUUGAAGCAUUCAUUGAAUCACCAAAAGAGGACUUCUCUCUCCAGCUGAUGGCACAGGAAAAUAAUGAAGUUGUAUGGAAAGUCAGUAUACGUAAAGGUGAUUACAAGCAGAUCAUUUCUACAGUUGAUGGACACACAUCAGCUCGUUUAACUGGAACAGAAUCUGUGUCUGAUAUCCUCCUGGAGUGUCUUGAAGAGCUGGAAUCUAAGGAAUGGGACAAAUUUAAAUGGAAUUUGACUAAAGACUCAUUUCAGGGGAAAGACAAAAUUCCCAGAAGCAAACUGGAGGACAAAGAAAUAUGGGAUAUUGUGACAUGUAUGAUUGAACAUUAUCAAGUUGAUGGUGCUGUUGAAGUUACUCUGAUGGUUUUAAAAAGGAUGAAACAAAACCAUCUUGCAGAACAAUUGCAGGAGAAGUAUACACAGUUUCAACAGUAACAACAUAAACAAGCGGCGUUCAUGGUCAACACGUAACUUCCGGUUAACUCCGCUACGAAUAAAUAACAACAAAGUACUUUAAACAUAGUUCAUUUGUAUAAUAAGCAAAAUAAACAACACGUAGAUUACCUAGAAAACCAAAACAUUUGUUAUUUUCGAUGAGGUAUUUGUUCAAGAGUUCAGUUUAGCAACUAGUCGGACCAUUAAACAAACAGAAACCGGAAGUAAAGUUCGGGCCAGACACGUAUCAUGUCACUGCAUGUGCGUCCAAUGAAACCGUCUAUAAAGUGUAAAGCUGAAUUUGAAUAACAUGACGAUGAGCACGACUGACGACUUUCAGCAAAGGCACGAACACAAGCAGCCUACAGGUUUCAAUUCAUUUCAAAUCACAGAGAAAACAGAGCUGCAGCACAUAAAACAGACAAGAGCUCAGCAAAUAUGAAGAAAAGAUAAAACACUAAUCAAGAUAAAUAAACAUGGGUGACAAUAAUGAGAAACACAUGGGAAAAAAGCAGGGAGAUUCAGCUACUGUAUGUAUUCUAAUUGGAUGUAAAAAUACAAAAUAAUCAUCUUGUAAAAAUGUAAAGAUUUUUCUUGUGUUUGGUUAAUGUCAAAUAAGAAUAUCUGAGACCUCUUUCAAAUGUGUGUUUUUAUAUUUACGUAAGUAUGACUUUUAUGUUCGCUAUUAAAUUUGACUGACAUUUUGCUAUCCCUGCUUAUAAAACCAGCUUAAACCAAGCCAAGCUAUUGUUCAGCUGGUUUUGUCGGUUGGCCAAAAUUCUUUUAAAACCGGCUUGCUAAACCAGCUGGACGACCAGCUAAAAUAAGCUUGUUUUUAUCUGGGGUUUUUCAGUAUAGAAUUUCACAUUUUAUGGAAGUUACA